GCGUAGGCGUGACCCAGGGUAAACAGCACGCCUCCGAAGGCGUGGCCUCCCCCUCUCAGAAGCAGAAGCACGAAGGAAGCGCUUAGUCUAGUAAGAGAAGCGCGCGCGUUAUGUACUCGAAAUGGUGAAUAUGGCGGCAGAAGAAGGUCUCUUCAGGGAAAGGGAGGAACGAUCCGAAGACGAGAUAAGCGUAGGCUGCCCGUCCCCUGCCCAGAAAUACUCCGAGUCGGAAGAAGACAGAUCGAGGAGCUCGGAAGAGGACAGACAGGACGAUUAUUUCAAACCUCUGAAACGGUUGAAAAUGAUGCAGAUCGAGCAGGUCAGCUACUCGAUGCCCGGGAAGAAGACUAAAAGGAUAAGACCCAGGAGGCAGAGCCUGCCGGACGAGCAGGCCGGUGUCAAGAGCUUUUCCAUCUUGGACAUACUGAACCAUAGGCCGGCUCGGGAGACUCGGAUCGUCCGGCCGUGGGACUUCGGGAGGGCCGAGGGCUCCUCGUGCCUCCCGCCCCCGGCUCACAGGGGGCUUUUGCCGCCCCCGCCACUGCUUUACCGCCUUCCGGCUUCUAGGCCCAAGUCCGCCGAACUUUACGAAACCUGCUCUUCCGGGAGGUCCUCGACCGCCGGAUCCGACUGCUGUACCUCGCCCGAUAUCGUCAGCCCGCGGAGGCCACAGGCCCAACAACAGAGGAAAGGAGGCAAAAACGACACCUCGCCCCUCGACGCUCUGUUCCAGAUGACUUCUAAAACUUUCGAAGAGUUAAACGGAGAAUCUCAAGGUAUGUUGACCAUAUUUACCGCCGGCCGACGGAUUAAUGCUACCGACUAAUACUUUGCUUUCGAA